AUGGCAAGCAAGACAAGCAAGGUUCUGCUCUUCGCAGUCCUGCUCCUAGGUCUCGCACUUUUGCUCUCCACGCAAGGCACACGCCCCGCCUUGUUCAAUGGCACCAACCUCAACGGCGUGAUACCUGAAUACAUCACGGCGAUCACCAACACGUGCGCGUCCUUCGUCCGGCAAGCCUUUAGGGAGAGUCCGAUUCUGCAAGUUGCAACGAGUGCGUACCAAGAAGCUUACGAAUACGCCAAGGUACCACUGGCGGUGUCCUACGUCACCCUUGAGGCGCUUCCAUCCGCCUACUUCCUUAAGGCGCUCACGCGGAACGAAAUCACCAACACUCUCACCAAACUCAUCGCGGAGCUAUCCUUCCUAAAGUCGCUCCCCUACGACAACUACGCUGAGGUGAUCGCGUCGGUGCUGCGAGUAGCUCUACACACAAUCAGCAACGGCAUUGAACACUUUAUUGUGGGGCUUUCCUCCCUUGAGGAAGUGAUUAAUACCUCGAUGAAUCCAUACACCGCAAAAUUCGCCGUUCUGGCCAUCUAUAUCGCCGCCUUCUCUAUAGGGUAUCUUAUCCUUGACGUCGUUAUUCGUCUUUUGGACCUCUUCUGGGCAAGGGUUAUCGGUGCUGUGCGCUGGCUGUUCGUCGAGUAG